AUGCCCGCCAUGGCAUCGUCUUCGCAGCUCAAAACAAGCGAAGAAGGGCACUCGCUCCCCAUCCCCGUCUGGACGGAAGAAGAGCAGACGACGCCACAGACACCGCCGCUCGUAUCCGACGACGGCCUGCACGUCGUCGUCCGCAAACCCGUCCCCGUCCCAGACGACGGCCUCCACGUCGUCAGCCACGAGACGGCCGCCGAGGCCCCGCCGCCGCCGCCGCCGCCGCCAUACGCAACGCCCGUCACCAGCCGCUGCAUCGUGCUGCCCAGCCGCGCGGCCGAGUGGCGCGUCGUGAGGGGAGCUGACGACGUCGACGACGUCCGGCUGUCGACGCUGGCGGCAGCGAUCCUGGUCCGCGAGGGAGUGCUGGACGGAAGGGACGUGGCGUUGAUUCCUGCCAAACCUGCACUGCACGCCGCCGCCGCCGCCGACAGAGAAAACCAGUGGUACACGCCCGAAAGCCGGCCCGAGGUCGCCUCAUUCAGCGCCAUCUCCUCGCUCCACCGCCGCGCCUCCAAACCCUCCCUGAUCCGGUCCUUCCACCGCAAGGCCCUCGCCGACAACAAUACCAACAACAGCCCCACACCCUAUCAGCCGCCCCCGCUCCCAUGCCUCAACAUCGCGGACCCCACCCUCACCCCCACCCCCACCCCCGCGGCGCGCAGGAAACCAGUAGCAGCAGUCGACCCAACCGACGCCGAGAUCAAGCUCGACCGCAUCGCCGAGGACGUGGUGCGGUCGGGCAAAGGGCUGGCGCGGGUGGUGGGGGCGGGGCUCGCGGCGCCGGGGGCGCUCACGCACGGGCUGGCGCGCGGGUGCAACGACAUCCCGCGGCGGUACGGCGACGAGACGGCGCGGAGGGACGUCGACGGCGAGAUUGUGGGGUUCGCGAGCGGGCUGGCGGCAGCGGGGAAGGGGUUUGGGUACGGGUUGUAUGAUGGCAUCACGGGGAUAUUCGUGCAGCCGGUCAAGGGCGCCAAGGAGGAGGGCGCCAAGGGGUUCGUCAAGGGGUGCGUCAAGGGCGUCGGUGGCGCCGUGUGCAAACCCGCGGCCGGUUCGUUUGGAGUGGCGGGCCACACGCUCGUGGGCAUCCAGAGAUCCAUCGAGAAGAGCAUUUUGCGGCGGCCCAGCGACGACGAGUGUAUCGCUGUGGCGUCGGUUGGGCAGGGAGAGGAGGAGAUGCGGAGUCUGACGGACCAAGAGAAGAAGGCCAUCGUAGAUGCAUGGUUUGAUGCGUCGAAAUAG